AUGCCAAACUUGUUAGAAAUCAUUAAGCUAUUUCAAAACAAGUUGGAAAGGAUACGAAAAUCACGAAAUGAUAAUUCUCAAUUAUCUGUACAAGAAAUACAUGGGUUGUUUACCAACUUUAUUCAUGGUAAAAGUCUUGCUCAUCGUAGAAUGACGAAAAGACGUAAUCAACUCAAGGUUGGAGGAAGGGACUUGGUUCUUGACACCACCCCUCCCCCAGUGAACCCUCCAACCAACUACCCAAUAGUGAACUCCUUUAACCAAUCCAGGUUAAGAAACGAAACUAUUGGAAUUCAUUCCAAUAUACUAAGUAGAAUUACAGAACUAGGAACAGAUCCUAAAAAGAGGAAAGUUCCUGAUUCAAAUCUGAAUUCUAAAGAUUCAAAGAUCAGUAAAAGGAAUGAACCUACUACCUUGAAACGUUCCCAACAGACUACUCUUCAAUUUGGCAAGAAGCCAAAGAAGAAUGAACUCAAUGAAGGAAGUUCAUCGUCAGUUGAAGAUGCGAAUCUUAACAACGGUCAAGAUUCGAAUCAAGGCAACGUUCACGAUUCACAGUAA